AUGAAAGAGAAGCUGCAGGACGGAGUGAGUACCGGAGGAAGUCGAAAGGGCACCUCCCUAGUGUUUGCUUCUUCGUUGACCAACCGCCUCGCCGAAGUGUUGUACGCUCCUGUCUGCCACUCUUAUUUCAAGGAGCUGCAGCUGCUGCGAGAGUUGCUCUAUCGCCAAUCGCAGGAUUUGCCUCUCGGCAAACGGAGUGACGCGCCUAUCUGUGGCAGCGAGUUGACAGCCUCCUGCCAGAAAAGCGCUUCAUACGAAGGUGGAAUAAACGCUGUGCGUGAUGACGUCAUCACCACGGGCAUGAACGCCAAUCACGUUCUACCGCAUUAAAGUACGUGGGCAUUGGUCACCAUACGAUAUCUACAGAGACCUUAAAAAUUCUAAGC